CCAGCUCGACCCGCCUACAACUCAAAUAUCUGACAGGAAGAUUAGAGUCCGUCAAAACAGUGUUUAACAGCAGCCGUCUGACCUUUUUAAACCCAGACGAACUCUGUGAGAGAGAUGCUCGGACUCCACUGACCCGUGGUGAGUUCACGGUCACUCACCGUCUGGGGGAAAAUGGCUUUGCUGUGCACAAAGUUUUCUAUGUUUUGGUGCCUUAUUGCUUUGACAGCUCAUGUGAUUAAAGGCGAACGGAAAGCGAAACUACUUGGCGAGGAAGAGGCCUGUGACUCCCGAGAAAACCCAAUCAGCAUAAGGUCCUCGAAAACACCCACCUCCUCACCUGGGCCGGAACCGGGAGACCCCGCAGCCGCGUUUACAGUCCGAACUCUGGAUGGAGAGUUCGCCUUCAAGCCCGGUGCCCAGCAGGGACCUGUCAUCAUCCACGCCUUCACUAACAAGUCGGGGUUUUUGGAGUGCAUGUGGAGCUCCGAGUCGUCCCUGACCAGCCUGGUGCAGGACCUGCCGGACAGCACACAGGUCCUCUUCCUGUCCCUGGACGACUCCGCGGUCACUGAUGCUCUGUGGAUGAGGGAGCAGCUGCAGCGGGUCGCCCUGCACAGCGGUAAGAAGGAGGUCCUGUCCCGGCUGCACUUCUCUCCUCUGCCGGUCUUCACUCUGGGAAACUGGAUCCCCAGCGUGCUUUACUACUGGGGCGGCUCGUCCCGUGUCCUCACCCAGGCUGUUUUCACCUCGGCGGGGUGGAACUUGCCGGUUAUUAUCAAGAGACUUGACGGCAGGUACGAUUGGCUCAUGACAAAAUGGGGUCCGAAGUCGCAUCAGCUGGUGGAUGCAGAUGACGGAUGUGAACCUUCUCCUGCGGUGGCGGGCGCUGUGGCCUGGGUGUCUGAGGGCAACUGCUCCUUCUUCACUAAGGUGGAGAACAUGGCCAAAUCCAACGCCUCCGGUGUCCUCGUCUACACUCUCCCUGGUAACCCGCUCCAGGAUAUGAACUGCGAGGGGGAAGAUUGCAACACGACGCUGAACAUCCCCGCUUCCAUGGUGCACCUGGAGCCGUCGGUGGCUCAGGCGCUUCAGUCUGGACAGCUGGUGUAUGUGACCUUCCAGAUCACGCCGUCACCGAGCUUCUUCCUAUGCAUUGACCAGCAGGGGGCGCUGGCUGAGAUGGGCUGGUUCCUCUACCCCUCGUUUAGUUUUAUCAACUGGCAGGCUCAGUGGUUUGAUUUCUAUGCAGAGCUGCAGAUGAAGCUUCAGAAACCUGCCAAUGUCAUUCCUGUAUUUGACAAAGUGCUGAUGCAGGGGGAGAAAGGAGCGGUGGCCACAGUCAACCUGCCAUUGGGAUUGUUGGACUACGACCUGCUUGAGCUGGACGCGUCCCUGUCGUGUCCCGGCAGGAGGGACUUGACCUGCGCUCACUGGGAUCACACAGUGCAGCUGUUUGUGUGCUGCGAUCACACCGGUCCGUACUGCGACACAGAGCUGGGCCGAUGGAUCACCGCCUUCCGCAGAGGAACUGGUCGUUGGCUGACUGACGUGUCUCCUCUGCGCCCCCUGCUGGACAGCCACCAGUGCACCCUCACAAUGAAGACGGUGCCCUGGGCCAUGCCGUGGUUCGUCUCUCUCAACCUGAGAUUCAGCGUCAGCAAUCAGACAGAAAAUGUGUGCUCAAACAGGCUGUUUGGAGAUUUUCCCUUCAUGACAUCACAAAGGGCAGUAGCCCCUCCCCCAGCUUCAGGAAACUUUACAGACGAUGGUGAGGAGGAGAAGCUGCGCCCGUUCAGAGUGAUGCCUCUGUACAGCGGGGGAACCUUCGACAAAAACUACAACAAGAGAUUCAAGCCAAUCAAAUUCUCCAUCCCCACGUCAACAAAAAAGGUGGAGCUGUACGCCAUCAUCACGGCACACGGCAGCGACGACAACAGUUGUGGGGAGUUUUGUGUCACCUCCCAUCACUUCCUGUUCAACGCUUAUUAUAACAACACGCUCUUAUUCGAUUCUGCAGGAUCACCUCUGGGCUGUGCCAUGCGGGUCAAAGAGGGGGCGGUGCCAAACGAACACGGCACGUGGCUGUACGGACGGGGAGGCUGGUGUGACGGACUGCAGGUUGAUCCCUGGAGGCUCGAUAUCACCACACAGCUGGACAUCAGCGGGUCUGAAUCGAACACCGUCCUCUACUUCGGCCUGUUCAACGGGACGGAUCCCAAUCCAUCCAAGGACCCCGGAUACAUCAUCAUGUCGUCUUUUCUCGUCUUCUACAAAUGAUGCCUCGCUGUGAAACUCAAAACUCUGAACAUUUCUGUUGGACUGGAGGAUACUACACUGAAUGUACAAUCAAGCCAAAGAUUAAAUGUCUAUUUUCUUAAA